AUGGAUGUUGAUAUACCUGCUAAUACUACGAUGUCUUCAUUCGAUAGCAUCAAUAUUCAAUUGCAGGGCACUAAUCAAACUAUCGAUAUUCUUUCUGAUGGAGUUUCAAUAUUAAAUGAAGAUAGAGAACGGCUUAGUCAGGAAUCAAUUGUUUUCAAUAAUAAAAUCGAAACAUUGACUAGGGAUUUUUCAACAUUGAAAUUAAGUAUUCAAGAGACAACUACUUAUUUAGAUGGAAUAAAACCUAAUCAAGAAAUUCUUUAUCAAGAAGUUACAUCAUUAAAACAAAAAUUUGAUGAUAUGCAAUUUAUUUCGUAUGACGGUACAUUAUUGUGGAAAAUAACAAACGUUAGUAGCAACAUGGCUGAUGCACAAUCAGAACGGCAAACAUCAGUUUAUUCGCCUCCAUUUUAUUCAUCACAUACCGGCUAUAAAAUGCGAGUUCGUUUAUAUUUUAAUGGUGAUGGAAAUGCUCGUCGUACACAUAUGUCACUUUUUUUUGUUCUCAUGCGAGGUGAAUAUGAUGCUAUACUCAAGUUUCCGUUCAAUUAUAAAAUGACAUUUUGUUUGUUCGAUCAAACCCCGAAGCAACGACAUAUAAUUGACUCAUUUCGACCGGAUACGAAAUCGAAUAGUUUUCAACGUCCACGAUCUGAAAUGAAUAUUGCAAGUGGUAUUCCGAAGUUUUGUCCAUUGUCUGUAAUUCAAACCGAUGGAAAUGCUUAUAUUCGAGAUGACACAAUGUUCAUUAAAAUUAUGGUCGAUUUUGGUGAUUUACCGAAAAAUUUAUUGCCAUUUGUAUUGGGUCUUAAUCCAGGAUUUCCAAUGAAUAUUCAACAGGCUAUUGUUAAACAGGAAUUGGAAAAGCAGACUCAACAAACAUCCACUUCAACAUCAACUUAA